AUUAUUGCUUUGAAAUUAUUUUUUUCCCUCCUCACUUAGCAUGGCUCCAAGAAAGGGAAAGCAACAGAAGGAAGAAGUUCAAGUUCAGCUUGGUCCACAAGUCCCAGAAGGCGAGAAUGUCUUUGGCGUCGCACACAUUUUUGCGUCAUUCAAUGACACCUUUGUGCAUGUAACUGAUUUGUCAGGAAAGGAAACCAUCUGCCGUGUGACUGGCGGUAUGAAGGUGAAAGCCGACCGUGAUGAAGCUUCUCCGUACGCUGCUAUGUUGGCAGCUCAAGAUGUUGCAGCUAGAUGCAAAGAAAUAGGGAUUACUGCACUUCACAUUAAACUCAGGGCUACUGGUGGUAACAAAACAAAGACUCCUGGUCCAGGUGCUCAAUCAGCCCUGAGAGCUUUAGCAAGGUCUGGGAUGAAGAUCGGACGUAUCGAGGAUGUUACUCCCAUUCCAUCAGACAGUACCCGCAGAAAGGGUGGACGACGAGGACGUCGAUUGUAGAAGUUGAGAUGUGAUAAUAGUUGUAUAUCAUAUGUGUGAUUUGGUACAUUCAGUCAUGUAAUUAAAACUGCUGUAUGAGAACCAAA